AUGAUAAAUGCCUGGUUCGAAAGGGAGGGAUGCGUGAAGGUUAUAAAGGAGUCACUUGGAAAGCAAAUGUGCACAGGGAUUUCUCUGCCUUUAAAAUUGAAGAAAGUAAAAGAAGCACUUAAAACAUGGAAUGCGGCUGAAGAUGACUUGAACUCGAGAGUGAAGGUACUGGAAAAGCGUAUUAACGAAAUUGUAGGCUUAGGUGACUUGGGGGAUUUAGAUUCCAAUAUUCACGAAGAACUGAUCUGGUGUAAGCUUCACUUACGGGACAGCCUAAAAGCUCAAGAAAAUUUAUGGAAACAAAAAUCGAGAAUCAAUUGGCUAAAGCAUGAAGACUUGAAUACAAAAUUCUUCCAUAGAGCGGUGAAGAUAAGAUCGAGAAGAAAUAAAAUUUAUGGACAGAACCUGGGUCUGGGAAGAGAAGCGAGCCCAAAGAGGAUGAAGCAACUCAUUUGGGAGGACACCUCCCUCAACAUGGAAUUCAAAAGGCUAGAACAAAUGGACACAGAAAUGUUGGAAUUGCAAUUCACAAUGGAGGAAAUAAAAGAGGCGGUGUGGCGUUGUGGGGAUUCUAAGGCACCAGGCCCGGAUGGCUUCAAAGGUAUGUUUUUUAAGAAAUGCUGGGAUAUGGUGGAGGAGGAUUUAUUGGAGAUCUUGGAAAACUUCAAUACUUCGGGCAAGUUGCCUCAAAACAUCAACUCAUCGUUUAUUGCCCUUAUCUCAAAAACAACAACGCCUGCGAACAUCUCAGAGUACAUGCCCACAAGCUUGAUCAGUUGA